AUGCCUACCGUCGCCGUUGACAAGGAGCACUUCUACAAGGCACUCGGGCGCACCUACACCACCCAGGAGUUCGACGAGCUCUGCUUCCAGUUUGGCAUCGAGCUCGACGACGACACCACCGAAGAAGUCGCAAAAGCGGGACUUGGCGAGCGAGCUCAGCUCAAGAUCGACAUCCCAGCCAACAGGUACGACCUGCUCUGCCAUGAGGGGAUCUCCCGCGCGCUCAACGUCUUCCUCGGCAACAUUCCACAGCCUCAGCUCAAGCUCGCCCAGCCGGAAAAGCUGAUCGAGGUCAAACUCAGCCAGGACGUUUCCCGCAUCAGGCCUUACUUUGCUGGUGCCGUGUUGAGAAACGUCACCUUCACGCCAGAGAGCUAUGCCAACUUCAUCGAUCUGCAGGACAAGCUGCACCAGAACUUGGCCCGUCGCAGAACGCUUGUCGCUAUCGGCACACACGAUCUCGACACCAUCCAGGCUCCCUUUUCGUAUGAGGCGCUUCCACCAAAAGACAUUAAAUUCGCGCCGCUCAACAAGGAGCAGGAGUACGACGCCUCGCAGCUCAUGGAGCUCUACGAGUCGGACAAGCACCUCUCGCGCUACCUGCACAUCAUCCGCGACAGCCCUGUCUACCCGAUCAUCUACGACUCGAACCGACAGGUGCUGUCGAUGCCGCCCAUCAUCAACUCGAACCACAGCAAGAUCACGCUAAACACGAAAAACGUUUUUAUCGACACCACUGCCAUCGACGAGACCAAGCUGGGCAUCGUCAUCAACAUCAUCGUCGCCAUGUUUUCGCAGUACUGUGCCGAGCCGUUCACCAUCGAGCCCGUCAAAGUGGUCUACCCGGAUGGCAAGGUCAAGAUCACGCCGGAUCUAAGCAACGUGCGUUUCCCCGCUUCGGUCGACUACAUCAACAGGUGUACCGGCUUGAAGCUGUCGCCGGAACAGAUGGUCGGCUACUUGCAAAAGAUGGGUCACACUGCUACCGUGGAUCCGCAAGCUCCGACGGAAAAGCUCAUUGUUGAUGUGCCACCGACGCGACCGGACAUCCUGCACGAGUGCGAUCUCAUGGAGGACGUAGCCGUCGCGUUCGGUUUCGACAACUUGCCCAAGACGUUCCCUGCCACCAACACGGUGGCUGCGCCCUUGCCCAUCAACAAGCUCGCAGAUAUUGUGCGCCGCGAGUGCGCUUACUCGGGCUGGGUUGAGGUGCUCCCGCUCAUCCUGUGCUCGCACGACGAGAACUUUGGCUGGUUGAACAGGAAGGACGAUGGCAAGAGCGCCAUUGUAUUGGAAAACCCCAAGACGGCCGAGUACCAGGUAGUGCGUACCACGCUGUUGGCGGGAAUCCUCAAGACGGUGCGAGAGAACCGAAAGCACGCCUUGCCGCUUCGAACGUUCGAGGUGUCGGAUAUCGCGUUCAAGGACGAGGCCGAGACCGAGAGGUGCGCCCGGAACGAAAGGCAUGUCGGCGCGGUGUACUGCGACAAGACGGCGAGCUUCGAGGUGGUGCAUGGCUUGCUUGACAGGCUGAUGCUGAGUCUCGCCAUCCCUCGCAUCGAAGGCAGUGCGUCGAAAGCCGAAAAGGGUUACUGGAUUCAGGAGACCGACAACGAGACGUUCUUCCCCGGCCGUGCUGCGACCAUCCACCUGCGACUACCAAAGGAGACAUACAACCCUGGUGCCGCCACCGAUGCCAAGCCGCCGAAAGAAUCGAGCGCAGCAGCAGCAGGAGGUGCAUUGGAGACGGUCAAGGAGGCACUUGAGAAGGUUCUGCCGUCGACAUCGACCGAGAGAGAUCAAGUCGUGGGCCACAUUGGUGUGCUCCACCCGCAAGUGCUCAAGAACUUUGCCAUCGACUACCCCUGCUCUGCUCUCGAGUUCAACCUUCAGCCUUUCCUCUAG